CCUUGAUUUAUUGUUGGCAUUUCAUUAUAUCCCCUCUCUGAUCUCUACAAAGUCGUUCUUUCUAGAACCCAAAGCUUUGUUCCAGACUGGAUAUUUCUGUUAUUUCUGUCUCUUAGUUCCUCUGUUUUUUUGGCUCUGCUUCUUUUUCCCGGCAAAGUUUAUUCCUUUCUCCAUUUUCCAUCACAGAAUCCUUUCGAUUCCGUCGCUAGAAAUCUGACGUACGACCAAUCUUUCUCCCAGAAAAUACCGGUUUCUGUCAACGGAAACUAGCUCUUCGUCUCCUCCCCAAACUUUUUUUCUCAAUUUCCAACGCUUCCUCUGGUUUUCUUCUCCUUCAAAAAAUUGUCAAGUUCUGACACUUCUGUGUAAUUCCUCGAGUUUUGCAUUCUGGGUUUGAUUUAACUUGAAGUAUUGCGUUGAAUCGGCGGGACCUUUUACUAUCAGCGCGUUCCUUAAAUUUCGAACAAAGCAGGGUUUGAGUUUUCUUUAAGGUUAGUGAAAAGAAAAUUACGGGAACAGAGAGAGUGAGAAAACGACCAGUUUUUUCUUUCUGAAAUAAUUCGUUGGAAUUUAAUUUCUCCGGGGUAUGGGCAGUUCGUGGAUUUGGGCAACAUUGACAACGAAGACUGUCCGUGUAAGAUAGAGAGAUACAGAGAUUUAGUUCCCGUGAAUUUUGCUGUCCAAACGUAAAAAAUAGAAGUCUUUGUAGACAGUUUCCCAUUUCCGCUCUCUCUCGCUCUCUUCAAAAGCGAACACAAAUCCCGACAACUUCUCUCUCUCUCUCUCUCUCUCUGCCUCUGCUCGGUUUCUCUCUCUAUUUUUUGGGUUUCCUCCCUUUGCAGGGUUAGGGGAGAGAAUACCUUCGCUCUCCUUUUCUGUCUCGGGUUCUCUCUAAUCUGUGUACAAAACCAUGAUCUGUGAGAAAGUAUCAAUGCAAUCAAACCUUGAUUGUUUCCUCCAUUGCACAACCCCCGUGGUCGCAUCCCAAUCUCUUCCCAAGACUGAGAUUAGAAACCUCAAUCGCCUAUGGCAUCCGUGGGAGAGAGAAACAGUUGAAUAUUUCACCUUAGGAGACCUUUGGAAUUGUUAUGAUGAAUGGAGUGCAUACGGGGCCGGAGUUCCGAUCGGCUUGAACAACGGCGAGACCUUAAUUCAGUAUUAUGUGCCUUAUCUCUCUGCAAUCCAAAUUUUUACAAGCAGUCCAUCUGUUAAUAGUUUGAGGGAAGAGACUGAGUCUGGGGACUUCGAGACAAGGGAUUCCUGUAGUGAUUCGUGCAGCGAUGAGAGUGAGAGUGAGAAGUUAUGGAGAUGGGAUGGAUGUUCCUCAGAGGAUGGAGGGUCUGAGCAAGACAAUCUUUGGCAUUUGAAUGACAGAUUGGGCUACCCUUAUUUUCAGUACUUUGAGAGAUCGACUCCUUAUGGUCGAGUUCCCUUAAUGGAUAAGAUUAAUGGAUUAGCUGAAAGAUACCCUGGCUUGAUGUCUUUAAGGAGUGUGGAUCUCUCUCCAGCUAGCUGGAUGGCUGUUGCCUGGUACCCAAUCUAUCAUAUUCCCAUGGGAAGAACCAUAAAGGACUUGUCCACAUGCUUCCUCACUUACCACACUCUUUCAUCCUCAUUCCAGGAUAUGGACCUUGAAGAUGACCUUGGGCAUGCCGAAAGGAAGAGAAAGGAAGGGGAGCGCAUCUCUCUUCCUCCAUUUGGUUUGGCCACUUACAAGAUGCAAGGAAACGUGUGGGUCUCUGGCAAUUGUGGACAGGACAAGGAGAGACUGGUGUCGCUUUUGAGUGUGGCGGAUUCAUGGCUAAAGCAAUUACGGGUCCAGCACCAUGACUUCAACUACUUUGUGGGGAUCAGGCGUGGCUGAAACCUCUACUUUAUAUCAUACUGACCAUGAAAAUUCCUCUUUUUUGAUCUUUGGUUUUGUGCUCUUGUAUGGAGUAAUACACUUUUGAGUGCGAGGAUUGUAGUUGAUACUUCUCGUCAUUGAGCUUUCUUCAUCGAUGGAAAAGCCCACAUAGACCUUAUGUGAGAUUCCAUCGAAUGCUUGCUUGAGGAUGAGUUCUGACUCUUUGUCCAUCUACUGGUUUAACUGGUUAAUAGGCGUUUUGUGUAGAGGGAUGAGUGAGUUAUCAUGGAGAUAGAGGUCUUCAAUAUGAACUUUUAUGGAUUCUGUAAUACAUGCUUUUGACAGACAGAAAUGGAAAACGCCAAGAGAUGAGGAAAAUGCUAA